UUGCACGCUCUGCUUUCUUACUCCUAUCUUUAGGGUCCUUGUAACGCUUCUCUGACUGUCUUUUUCUCUGUCUUUCUCUCUCUCUCUCUCUCUCUCUCUGUUUCACUACUGUCACACUCUACAUCUAUUCUCUCUCUACCUCUCUCGCUCCCUCCCUACUACACAGUGAUUCGGUGUACAGUACCCUCUGUCAUUCUGUGCUGGCAUGGUGCUUGUGCAACUGGGACUGCAUUUUUCGCUGAAGAGGCACAUAGAUAAUAGCGCAGGCAGCUCUCUUCUUUCUGUCUUUCCCACCCUCUCCAUCCCCUCCUCUGUCUCUGAAGCACUGUGGUGAGCAGGCCCAAACUCCCCUACUUACACAGUGUCAGGUCACCUCUCCUCCACAUUAUGGAUGUGCUUUGUGAGCCAGUCAGAUAGGAUCAGCAGCGAGCUAUAGAUCAAAAUAAUGGUGUAGUUGUUGUUUUUCCGACCUGAAACAGAUGCACUGAAUAUUGGUGUGUAGCUUGCAAGUGUGCAGAUUUUUUACAGUUUCCUUAAUCAAUUGUCAAUAAUUAUAAACACAAGUCAAUUCUUAAUACCUUAGAUGAAACAAUGUAACAACCCAAAGAUUGAUUUCUUAAGAAAAAUUCAACGCAUUGAGCUAUUUCAACUUGCAGGAUUUUCUGGUGGACACAAAUUAGGCGAGACUAAACAAUCAGGGCACUUAAAAAAAUCUGGCCCAUUUUUGUAUCACUGAAAAGAGCUCAAGGCUACAAAUGAAUGUUACCAGGCCUGUGUCUUAAGUUUUUAAGCUGCUGUAGAAGAGAAUUUAGUUGUCCUUGCUGACCAUGAUGAUACUCAUAUGUCCUGCUUGAAUGGAAAAACACCAUUUACAUAUGUUUUAUUAUCUCUUAGCUGUAGCAUGAACAUGUGUUUUUCAUUUCCAAAAUCUAGUGAACCAAGAACAUUCAAGUUUAUUAAUCUUCUAAAUUUCUCUAUGCAUCACGUUCUUUCUCACAGGCACACAAACAUUCCACUGUGUGUGGGUUGUGGAGAGGGAGAAAAGAAAGGGAGAGAGGUGGCCUGCUCACCUGGCUUGAGUGGCUCUUGUGCUCCUGCGCUAUUAUUUGUGGAGGGGUGCUGAGGGCUGCGCUGCAGCAUCACACAGUUCUUCUCACAUCUGUGGAAUUAACAGCCACGUCAGAGGUGCUGUCAGCUGUCACUUAGUCACCAAUGAUAACACUUGCGCAUCUGACAUAUUGUCUUUGGAAAAUGCAUGUACAAAGAAGACGGUGGCAGAUUUUUUAUCGACUGGCAAGUAACCAUUUAAGUUUGCCAACAGGUAAAACUGUUAAUCCUAAAGAUGAUUGUAGAGGAUUUGGUUGCACCUGUUGUUCUAUCAGGUGCGUUUUCAUACUCCAAAUGACAUUUCCUGUUUGAAAGGCCAAGCUUACCAACAUACAAGGCAAAUGCCUCACAGCAUCAAGUCAAUACAAGAUGAGGAGAAAUUUAUCUACACUUGUUUGGCCCCAAAAAAGACCUGCAGGCAGGUAUGAUCUACAGUGCACUUAAAUGGAGAACUACAACAUUAUAUUAGAUGUUAAACACAUAGACUAACAUACAUUAUAUAACCAUUUUAGGCACACAGGUCUGGCAGUUGUCCACCAGUGUUUCGUCUUGGAGCUGUUAUCGAAUGCUUCAGCCCAGCUUCUCUGAACCCCUCCCCAGCCACUUAUUGUGUGUGAUCUAUAGGUAGCUAGAGGUCUGUGGUACUUUAUUGGGAUCUUUUUUCUCUUUCUGUCUUUCCCCUUUGGUCUUUGCUCUUUCUCUCUAACAUUGUUUUUGCAUUGCAUGUGUUAACUUGGUAGCAUUCCAGUACUAUUUUCUCUCAACACUCUGUCCUAAUCACUACUACAGUUUUCCUCCCAGACUCAUUCCUCCCACAUCUCUUGCCCCUUCCAGUCCCUCCAACCUACCCUCCUACCCUGACCUGACCCUGUCCCAGAGCGAUAUGCAGUGGGCAGCCUCAGAGCCACAGAAACCACACAUAUUCACUGGAAAUCUAAGAAACACAUGUUUACAGGCCACAGGAAGAUUACUUGAUGAACUGUUUGUGUAUUUCUUUUUAUGCAAGUUAUAGUCAUUACUAAUAGGCCCAACAGGACUUUUGGUUACAUUAAUUGAAACAAAACAGGAAAAGGAAAUUUUAGUGUCAGCUGUUGUUUAAUAAUGAAAUGUGUAGCCUUUUGCUUUAAAUCCAGACAUGAUUUGGAACAGCAGUUUGUCAAUGUUAGACCUGUUCGGUGGGAAGAAGAAGAACACAAGAAAAGGUUGCACCAAAUCCUUUUUAAAGUCCUGACCUGCGUGUUUUUUUGUUUUUUGUUUUUGGCAACACUGCAAACUCUUUAUUUAGCAUCAGUCUUAACUCAGUGAGCAGCAGUGUGGAUGGGUCAUUGCUGAGGCCCUCUGAAUGUUUCAUUGAAAGUCAGCAAUGUAGGAAGAGUGGAUAUUUAACAAAACAAAAUCAAACUGAAAAAUAGCCAAAAUUUGACUUUUUGACUGUAAACCAGUCUGACCUCCUUGCUUCAAACUCAUUGGGAAAGCGAGUGCUACAGUCUUUGUUAAAAGAUGUUGGAGAACCUGUCAAACUCUGGCUUUCAGUGUUUUUAACUUAACUACACUCUGAUAAACUUCGAGUUGAUGAAUUGGGCCUUCAGAAUUCACAGGUAAGUAUUUAUUUUUGAAUUAUUAUUAUUUAUAUUAAUUGGACUCUGCUUCUGUCAUUUUCCCCAUCAGUUAAUGAAAUCUGUAAUCCCCUUGCACAUCUACACCUACCUCAAGUUUUUGGGAAGUAGGAGCCUUCUGUUUGAUUUGUUUGGAUCUCUUAGACUGACCAUGUACAGAGCACCAAAUACAAAGCAGUUGCAAGGGUUUAUGAAGAGCAGCAGACAGCAGGCCCUGCACACUACCAGCACUUGCCAAAAGACAUUCCUCAGGGACAUGACAGAGGAUGAUGAGUAACUGCAGCAGCCCCCCUUCGCUUUUUACAAGACAGAUCCCUAAAGGGUCUGUCUCAGUUCUCUUUUCAGAUCGUGCAAAAUCUCAGAUCUGUUGAGAGCGGUCAUCCAAGGUAAAUCACACAAGAUAUGUGGUUUGCGUUAAUUCAGGUUGACUCAGGUGGAUUAAAAUGACGGUUCCGUGUUACAUCCUCCUUGGUAAUCUGAACCAGAGCCAUUUCUUACACCCAGACAGGGGCACUCAAACACAUCCAUAUUGUACACGCAUAAAUGGCCGCAUAGACAGAAGCAAUAGAUUCAUAAAUACUCUGAGGUCUCUAGGUGGGGUCCCCUGCAUAUCACUUCCCUGACCCAUAUCUUUGGCUUGCACUGUGCCGAUGACAGCACAGUGCACACUUGUAAAAAAAAAAAAAACACCCCCUCUUGUAGAUCUCUUUUCUCGUUUGGAUAACAUUUUCUAUUUUUCUUUCUCCUGUAUUAACAGUCAGUUGGUGGAUUUAUUGACAUGCCUACCUUUUCUGUUUGUAUACAGUAUUAUGUUUGUUUAAAAGCAGAGAGAGAUUUGCAUUUUUAAGAACUAGAGAAGCUAGCAGAAUUGCAGUUGAAAGCGUUUGGCCGGUUUCUUACGUUGUGUCACGUGUGACUGUUUUUUUGACAGCCCAGUAUUUUAAAGCCAGGAUAACAUCGGGCACCGGCUGCUUCAGAAACAUGGCUGGAAGUUGGGGCAAGGCCUUGGCAAAACCAUGCAGGGACGCACUGACCCUGUGCCCAUCAUCCUCAAAUAUGAUGUCAUGGGGAUGGGACGGAUGGAGAUGGAGCUGGACUAUGCAGAGGAUGCCACAGAGAAGAGAAGAGUGCUCGAAGUGGAAAAGGAGGACACAGAAGAACUGCGGCAAAAAUACAAGGACCAGAUGGAAAAGGAGAAAGCCAUUGCAAAGGCUCUGGAAGACCUGAGAGCCAAUUUCUACUGUGAACUAUGUGACAAGCAGUACACUAAACACCAGGAAUUCGAUAACCACAUUAACUCUUAUGACCACGCUCACAAGCAGAGGCUUAAAGAGCUGAAGCAGAGAGAGUUUGCUCGUAAUGUGUCGUCACGUUCCCGGAAGGAUGGAAAGAAGCAAGAAAAGAUGCUCCGCCGAUUGCAUGAGCUGGCCGAGCAGAGGAAACAACAGGACCGUACUCCAGGAAGUGGACCUAUGUUCAAAACUACCACAGUGGCCGUGGAUGGCGAGAAGGCAGAAGAUGACGACAGUAUGACUCCUGAGAACCCUGCUUUGACAGACGCUGCCCUGGAAGGAUCACCAGUAGAUAAAACUGGGCAAGCCUCCCCAAAGCCCGGGCCAACCAUCAGCUUCUCUCUGGGGAAGAACACCUCCUCUUCCCCAACCCCUAGUGGUGCAUCCAAAGUCAGUGUGUCUUUCUCUUUUGCCAAGAAAGCCCCAGUUAAGCUGGAGACAGCGGCAGCAGUGUUUGCUGAUCAUGGAGAGGAGGCUAUGGAGGAAGAGGAGAGCCAGGAGGGAGAGAAGGCUGGAGGGCAAGAGGUGACGUCUGGCUGCACGGACAGCCCUAAGGGAGGUGAAGGAGGAGGAGAAGGAGAAGGAGGGGGAGGAGGAGAGGGUGUUAGUGUGGCAGGAACGGUAGAGGUGCAGCAGCCUGAUGACGGAGGUUCUCUAGCCUCCACUCUCAACAAACUGAAGAUGAUGAUGAAAAAAGAGGAAGGAUAUGCUGGUCAGGAGCCUCAGUACUAUCACUAUGUACCUCCAGCUCACUGUCGAGUAAAGCCUCACUUCCAGUUUUUGCUGUUUAUGAAGGCCACUGAUCAGUGUCAGAGCAAAGAAGAGGACGACGAAGAAGAGGGGCAGGAGGAGAAAAGGGUUGAAGAUAGUUCUGGACAGACAGAGCCCAACGUUACAGAGUGCAAGCCUGAUAAAGAACACAGUAAUGUCACCUCAACCCCUGACCCAGAGCCAACUCCUCAGUCACCACAAGUGAAGACGGAGGAUGUCUCUUCAUGUGCAGCAGAUACAGCUUCCAUGGUCACUUCACCCACACAAAAAGCAGAGAGCAUACUGGAUACUAUGGAUUCUAACUCGGGUCCUAAAAUCCCCACAGGCCCCUUCUUCCCAGUCCUGAGCAAAGAUGAGAGCACUACACUGCAGUGGCCCUCUGAGCUUCUCGAAUUUACAAAAGCUCAGCCUUCUCUGUCUUACAGCUGUAAUCCUCUCUACUUUGACUUCAAGCUGUCCCGCAACAAAGGAGUGCGUGGAGGGAAAACAGCAAAGUCCUCUAAACCUUGUGAAGAGUCUGAUGACAAGGGACAAGAGAUGGCUACCUCAACAGCUGAAGUAGACACUACCACUAAACCUGGGACCAGCACUGAGAAAGAUAAGUCAAUGAUGAAGGGAGAGGCUGGCCAGUCAGAAGGUGAUGAGCAAAAGCUUGCAACGGGCAGCAGUAGUGCAAAGAAAAAAAAGAAGAAGAAGAAGCAUAAGAAGUCUGCAAAGCACUCAAAACGCAAAGGAAAAGAAAAAGGAGCAAAAGAAGAUGCGGACGGAGAAAAUGUGGUAGCGCAAGAAAAGCCCAAAAAGAAGAAAAAACACAAACGGAAGAAGAGCAAAAACAAGGCUCCAGAUCAAGAUGAGGCAACAGGUGAUGAAAAGGCCAAACCAAAGUCAGAAGAUAAAUCUGUUGCUUCCUCUGUUCAAGUGACAACUGGAGGGGCAGGGGCUACAGGAAAUACAGGAGCAGAACCGGGCAAGAGGAAACGUGCUACAAAGGAAGUGCCUUGCAAGUCUGGAGCAGAGGAAGGAGGAGCUGGAAAAGGCACUGACAAGGCCAACUCCUCAGAGGAGCACAGUGGCACUAAGCGACAAAAGACUGACUCCAGUGCACCUCAAAGUGCCUCCUGCUCCACCUCAGCCCAAAAGAGUCCUGGCCCUGGGAGACCUCCCAGCAGCGAGAGUGAAGAAGAAGGGGGCACGAAGACGCAGCGGUCACGUCAUCAUAGGUCAAGUCCACGGGAACAACGGCGCCACCAUAGCGAUGAAUCAGGGCGGUCCUGCAGCCGUUCUUCAAGACGGGGGGAAAGACGGGGCAGCAGUCGUCGGCGCCAUCGUGGCCAAACCUCCCGUAGUCAUUCUUACUCCAGCAGCUCUGAGCGCUCCUCAGCAGGCAGCAGCGCCUACAGCCACCGUAGCCGCAGCUACUCAGACAGCGACUACAGCACGGAGGGUCGCAGACGGAGGCACUCCAAACGUUCGUCGGACUCUGAGUACGAGCGGAGGGGAAGCCGAGGACGUAGACGAUCCAGGAGACACCAAUACUCCUCUUCCUCCUCAGACGACUCCCGCUCACGUUCACACAGCUACAGCCGCAGGAAGAGGCACCGGCGGCACCAUAGGAGCAGCUCAAGAAGCUCUAGUAGUUGGAGCCGCAGCACCAGUGCAAGAUCCUGGAGGCACAGCUACAGCCGUAGCCACAGCUCUGCAAGCCGCUCCUCCAGUUCCACCAAAGGCUCCCCUCGCCGACGAGGCCCCAGGGGUCGAGGCGACAGUGACACACACCGCAGAGACUUCAUCCGCUCUCGCAUCUACCGCUCCCAGUCUCCACGUUCAUCGUCAUCACGAGGCCUUAACCGCAACACCCAUUCAUCCAGCUCGCAGGCUCUGAGGCCAGGGGGGUCCCGAGAUGCAGGGGAACAGAAAAACAGCCUUACUGCACGCCAGUUGCUGGAGAAGGUUCAGUCUAAAAAAAGCUCUGAUGAUUCUGUCACAGGAACAAAAUCUGGGAUUAAGAUUAAGGACCCACCACAGGGCUACUUUGGUCCCAAACUACCGCCGACCCUGGGAAGCAAAGCCAUGCUGCCUCUUUUUGGUAAGCUGCAAGCAGGUAAGAAACCAGUGAUCCCCCUAACGAGACCUGACGAGGGGGAGAAAUCAGGAGCAGGGAAGGGCUCUGAGGCUGAGGCAGAGGUUAUCCUGGUAGAGCCUAUUAGGGAGUUCCCCCCACCACCUCCACCUCCUGCUCCACCAGUCCAGAAGGUUGAGGAGGCCCCACAGAGCACAGUGGUGCAAGAGGAGACACAGCAACCCACUACAGAAGCCCAGGUGCACCAAGAACCCCGGCCGCUGUUUGAACAGGAUCCUUCCAUGAUGAUGCCCCAGUACCAAGGAGAAUCGGGACAGGAUCCCUCUCAGAACCCCAUGAUGGAGUCCCUCAUGCCAGAAAUGCAGCAGCAGCAGCCUCAAAUGCAUGCUUACCCUGCUUACCCACCACCCAACCUGGAGGAGGAUGGCAUGGAGGCGGAGGAGGACGGACUGGCUCCAUUGGAGAGUCAGCCCAUUACGUUCACACCAGAGGAGAUGGAGAAAUACAGCAAGCUGCAACAGGCUGCACAGCAGCACAUCCAGCAGCAGCUUUUGGCCAAGCAGGUCAAGACAUUUCCCUCUGCUGCUGCAGCCGCAGCCGCCGCUGCAGCUGCUGCCAACUUGGCCCCAGCUCCCCCUCCCCCAGCCCUGCAGCAGAUCCACAUUCAGCAGCCGACUGUGUCUGUAGCCUCCGGCACGUCAAUCACUACAGUGCAACACGCCAUUCUGCAGCACCAUGCUGCCACUGCUGCAGCCAUGGGCAUCCACCCAGCGCAUCCCCACCACCCACACCCUGCACACGCACAGUUGGCCCAGGUACACCACAUUCCCCAGCACCACCUUACCCCCAUCUCUUUGUCUCCUUUGGGCCACUCCCUUGGUCAUUCUCUGGGACACUCACUAGGACAUGCUGGGCUGAUUCCUGCCCACCCGACAGCCUUCCUCUCUGGUCAGCCCAUACAUAUUAUCCCAGCCUCUGCACUUCACCACACCCCUUUAGCGCUCCACCAUGUACCCCAUACAGCCCUCUACCCCACACUUUUCACACCCCGGCCCUCACAGGCUGCAGCAGCAGCAGCUCUUCAACUCCACCCACUGCUACACCCUAUCUUCUCAGGGCAGGACCUCCAGCACCCUCCUAAUCAUGGCUCUUGAGUAAUGAGGCAAGUGAAGGAGUGUAGUCACAGCACUCAACCACUGGAAGAAAGACUGAACCUAACCGGCUUGGUUUCGGGUUUUAAACAUGAAGUCUUUGCGACAACAUGCAGGCAGUGAGACAGGAAGCUGUCAUUAAACCGCCAUUUUACUGGUCUACACAGUGCUGUAAGUUGUAGCCACAAAGUGGUGCUGCUUGCAUUGGGUUCAAUGUUGACACUAACAUUUUCUUCAGGCUCGUGAGUUUUUUUUUUCCUCUCCUGUUUUGCCCUGAAUUUUAAAAACAGGGUGUAGAUUUACAGAGACUUCCUCAAGACAUUGGUUUAUAUUCCAUCUUGAGGUAUGUUAACACCACCCAUUUCUUUUUGAAUGAUGAGUGAAGAAACCACUGGAGGUGUUUUUUGUUAUCCACAUAAAAAUAUUAUUCUCCUGUUUUCUGCUCAUUUUGGCAGCCAAUCAGGCGUAAUGGAUGACGCUCUAAACAGAGUCAUGUUGGGGGGAGUGUGAGUGGUAUUGUUCUAGAGAGGAACAGCUUCGAUUCUGUGAUGUAACCUUCAGAGACAAACUGUUUCAUAAUUACUGAUAUUCUGUUUAUGUUCACAUAUGACUACUUGCUCUCUAUUGGAUCCUUGGUCUCGAAUAAUUUGUAGUGCAGUAACCUGUACAUAUAUCAGUGUGUAAUGUGAAGAAUCCCACCAGUGAUGACCAUAUGACAUUGCAGCUAUGGCGUCCAAAUCGGUAUGACAGUCACAUAAGAACCCCUUCUCUAAGUGAGGGGAAAUGUGAUGUAGGGGGUUUAACAUCCCUGAUGCUCUGAGGCAAAGCUCAUGUUCCCUGUGGUGAGGGUACACCUGAAUGAAUUGCACUGAAACCUGUACAUCGAGAUGGUGCGUUUGCAUCAUGUAACAAUAAGAUUGUAGUAUACUGCAAUAAUUGUAUUUUUCUGUUUUUAAAUUAUUUUCCAAAAUGCUCUUCAAAAGAAGGGCUGUUUUGCUUUUGUGUAAUUUUGUAAAUAAAACUGCUGUAGAUUAACCUAUUAACAUUCUAGAGGUUUGAGCCUGGCAUCGGAAAGAGCAGAAUGACAAGGUGGAUGGGAGGUGGACACGUAUUUUAUCAAAGUUGUUUCUAAAUUACCCCGGCUGAGAUGGGCUGGGAUGGCAAAGGAAUAGUCAUCUGUCAAACAGUAGCAACUCUGUAUUUUUUAAAAACUUACUGUUUCAGCAAAUAAAAUCUUGAGUUCA